GAGAGAGAGGGUGUGUAGUUGAUUUUAUUUUUUCUUUUUUUCGUAAUUAUUAAAGAGGGUGAUAAUUUAUUUUUAUUUUUUAUGAUUAUUUAAAUACUAAAACAAAUUUAAAAAAUGUAAAAUAUAAAUAAUAGGGGAAAAAUCAUUUUAACCUUUUUAAGACUAAAACCAUAUAAAGUUUUUAUUAAGAACCAUCCAUACAAAUUAAAAAGACUUUGGACCUAUCCAAAGUUUUUUUACAAAAUAUUGGAUUUGGUUGCCGCCACUCCCCCACGUCUAAUCAGUUAAUCAAUCGUGGGUUAGAAUUCCAAUUUUUAGAAUUUCCCGGGUUAAAUAUGGAUUUUGGUGGGUUUAGGCAGGGAUUUCGGCUCGUAAAUCGUAAUUUCUUCGAAAAUCAAAGAUUCUCUGCUUUGAAUCACAAGAAAGCAAGUAUUGUUUGCACAUGCUUGACUGAAUAUCUGUAACAACGAGUUAUAACAUAGAAUGGAGUUUGAUGAUGAUAAUGUUAGGAGGCGAGUGGUAGAAGAAGAUAGAUUGAGCAGCUUGCCAGAUGAGCUUAUUCAUAAGAUUCUGUCUUGUUUUGACAUUAAAUUUGUUGUUCAAACAUGUUUGUUGUCAUCAAGAUGGGAAUAUCUGUGGACAUCAAUGUCUUGUCUCAACUUCUCAAGUUUUAGUCCUUUACCCAAAUUUGCCAAAUUCAUGACCAAUGUUCUGUCUCACCGAAAUCAUCAAGUGGAAGUGUCUUCUGUAAAUCUAGAUUUCCAUGGAGCAGCAAGUCAGGUUUUUGUGAAAAAGAUUGCAAAGUACGCCUUCUCUCACAAUCUCCAACAACUAACUGUUGUUUGUUUUCCCAAAAAACACCAUCAGUACCCUUCAUGCCUAUUUAGCUCUAAGUCUCUUCAACAUUUCACCUUAAGUAACCAUCCUUUUUCUUAUGCACCUUGCCUUACACCCAAAACACCUUGGGAUUUUCCAGCUUUAACAACUUUGCAUCUUAGCCACAUCACAUUGUGUGAUGAUCACACCGAAAAGUCUGUUGAUCUUUUCUCCAAGUGUGUCAACUUAAAGAACCUCACUUUAAAACGUUUCACUGUCAUGGAUGUGGAGGUGUUUGACAUCAUUACCCCUCUACUUUCUAAUCUUGUUCUUAUCGAUUGCAGACGCUCAAUAUCAAUCAAUCUGAUUGCGCCUCAACUUGAGAAUCUUACAGUACUUGAUUGUGCAAUCAGUUACUUGAAUGUUCCAGCAGGAGUUUCAUCUUUGUGCUACAGAGGUUAUGAUCCUAGGAAAUUGUCUAAAGAUCGCUUUCAUUCUCUAAACAAAGUGAGUAUCUGUUUGUCUAUGUAUAAAUUAUACAAGGCAUAUGAGGAGGAAGAUGCAAUCGAGACUAUUAACAUGCUUCAGGAGCUCCAUUGUGCUAGAUAUCUAACACUUAGUGUGGACAUUGUUGAGUGUCUUUCCUCAUUUCCAGAUUUAGUAUCGCACCAUCCUUCACCUUUUAGCAACUUAAAUUGCUUGACUAUAGACUCCAGCAGGAGGAGUGAUGCAUACAAAGUAAAAAUGUCUACUGAAGUUAGAAACUUCUUGCUUGAGAACUCUCCAAAAGCCAUAUUCACCAUGGAAUUACCCGAGGAACCACCUACGAAAGCCAUGAAACAGAAAGAAGCUAGGGUGAAGAGGAAGGCCAAACUGGCUGCAGAGAUUGAGAGUGAUAUGAAGGAUUUGCAAGGAUCAAUAGAGCAAGGAAACAUGAUUGUUGACCAAAAGGAAAAGGCGAAAGCAGCCUUUGAUAACAUUAUAUCCAUCUCUUCAAAGAAGUCCCAAAUCAGAUCAUUGUUGGAAAAGUUGCCCAAGAGAGAUAGGGUAGAGCUUGAAGCCCGUUUCUCUCUACAGCUUGAAGAAGAAGAAGCACUUCGUGGUCGUCUACUCUCAGAAAUUGUGAAUUCAGAAGAAGAUAGAUGUGCCUUUGAAAAACUCAUAUCUGAUUAUUUGUCAUCAUAUGAUCAAGAUGUUUCUGAUAGCAAACUUCCUCCUGGAUCACAAAUGCCUUCAUCUUCCUCCACAUCUGGCUGCUAAAGAUUCUGCCAUCAUGAAGAUGUCCGUGCUCCUAGUUUUGCAGGUGAUUAGAUUACAACUUGGAAGAUGGUAGUUUGAGUUGUCACCUCACCUCUAGUUUAUACAGGGGUUGGAGAAUGUUUCAUUUUGAAUUUUAUUUAAAACACAUAUACAUUUUGCCUUUUGGUAAAUGCUUUUUUCAUUAGAAUGAAUUGGAUUGUUUGAACAUGGUCUUCUUUAAUUCCCAGUAAAACAAUUGAAUAUUUAUGAAAAAAUGCAAAAGCUAAGCCCUUUAUUUCCGUGCAAAA